AUGCAUCCGACACGUCACCAUCGCUUGCCUUACUACAUCUACUCCGCCUGCAUUAACAUCUCACUUGGCGUAUUUCUGCCUGCCACAAUGAUUGCUAAAUUGUUUUUCAUUGAAAAUUUGUCACAACUUAUUGGCCUGCUCUAUUUGGGCGUCACCCUGACCAUGGCCACGGCCAAGCAGUGGUCGCUCUGGUUGCAUCGUCCGAAACUGCUGGCCGUGAACUAUUAUCUGGCCAAGUUGGAUGUGCGUUGCAUGCGGCAUGCAGUGGAUCGCCAGCACAUACUCACCGCCAUACGUAUCUGCCAUCUCUACUACGCCGGCUAUAUGUUUGUGUAUGAGUUGAGUAGCAGCGGUUUUGCUUAUAUUGGUUUCUCGCUGCGUCAACUGGUCUACGACGGCUGGUUUCCUCAGCUCUAUGCAGAUGCGGCGCAAAAUUUGACUGUGACACUGAUUUAUCAGAAUUUUGCGGUAAUGACAUUUUUCGUGCUGCAGAAUGUCAACAACGAUAUGUAUCCGCAAUGCUAUUUGGCCGUGAUGAUCGGACAUUUGCGUGCGCUGACUGCGCGCAUCAGUCGCAUUGGCAAGGACGGCGUGCUGAGUGUGGAGGAGAAUAUUGCAGAGUUGGUUGAUUGUAUAGAGGAUCAUAAGAACUUGCUGGGCUACUUCGCCUGCAUACGUCCGGUUAUUUCGCGCACAAUUUUCAUGCAAUUCGGCAUCACCGCCUUCGUUCUCUGCCUGACCGCCGUCAAUUAUGUCGCCUUCGAGCGCGAUGCUGCACAAAUGCUCAUCGCUGCCACAUAUAUUUUCGCCGUGCUCAUCGAAGCGCUGCCCUGCUGUUGGUACGUGAAUUCGCUCAUGGAGGAGUGUGCUCAACUCACCACAGCGCUGUACGAUUGCCAGUGGUAUGAUCAGAAUAGAAAAUUCCGCAAAAUGCUCAUAAUUUUUAUGCAACGCUCACAGCGCACAAUGGUGCUCACGGCUGGCGAUUUGGUGCCGAUCACACUGCAGACAUUCUUAAAUAUCAUAAAAUUUUCGUUCUCGAUGUAUACGAUACUGAAGGGUUAA